GAGUCUGAGACCCGCAACUCCGCACUUUCUCCCCGCAAAUGGCGGCAGUAGCAGCAGUCGCAAGCCCCAUCCGCACUCUAAUUCUAACACCUAGAUACAUCCACUCACACUCAUAACUAGCAGAACUGCUAGCCGCGGCUUCACACUUUAUCCCACACCUCACCCUCGCUCCUCUCCCCCGCAAAUGGCGGCGGUAGCAGCUGCAAACCCCUCGGCAGCGGCGGCAGUCCCGCCGGCAGCGCCGCCGGCGGAGGCGGCGGAGUGCGUGCGGCAGUUUCGGCUGGAGCGCGAAACUGAGCUGCGCGUGGAGGUGGAGUGGGACGCGCGGCUAACGGUGAAGCUUGUAUCGGGGACGGCGGAGAUCUUCGGGUCGGAGAUCGCCGUCGGGCAGAGCGUCACUUUCGACGGCGGCGAGAAAUUCGCGGUCUUCUCCUGGCACGGGUGCAGUCUGGAGGUGCGGGGAUCGCCAACACUCCCGGAAGCCAUGUAUGCAGCUGACGAGACGCCCAUGGUGAGCUACCUCAACCUGCAUGCAGUGCUCAAUGUGCGACGAGUCGAGGCAGCUAGGAGCCUGAUGCACGCCAAGCAGCGGCUGGCGCACCUGCAGCAGCAGCAACAGCAGCUGCAACAACAUCAACAACAACAACACCAGCAGCAGCAGCAGCAGCACUAUCAGCAUCAGCUGCAGCUGUUGCAGCGGCAGAAGCAGCAACUGGAGCACAAGAUCAACUCCCUCGUGCUCAACAAGGUGCCCAGGGUAUUGCUGGUGGGUCCCACAGACUCCGGUAAAUCAACCCUUGCCAGGAUGCUGCUCUGCUGGGCGGCCAGGCAGCUGUGGCACCCCACCUACGUGGACCUAGACGUGGCUCACAGCAGUGUGACUGUACCGGGGGCUGUGGCUGCCACCCCUGUAGAAGCACCUCUUGAAGUGAACGCCAAGAGCGUGGAGGAAGCACCAUUGGUGCUAUUUUACGGGCAUACCAACCCCAGUGCCAACCUUGACCUAUAUCGGGCACUAGUAACAUCACUGGCAGAAGCAACCGACAGGCGACUAGGCAUCCAACCGCUGAGCGAGGGGGGAGGUGGAGGGGAGGAGGGGGGAGGCGAGGGGGGGAGGGGAGGGGGAGGAGCAGGAGCAGGAGCAGGGAGAGAGACAGCAGGAGUUGGGGCGGCAGUGGGGGCGGUACCAGUGGAGGCAGCAGCAGCGGGAAUCAUAGCGAAUAGCAUGGGAUGGGUGGAUGGUGCUGGCUACCAGCUGUUGCUCCACUCUAUUGACGCCCUGAGAGCCAACGUGGUGUUAGUCUUGGGGCAGGAGCGUCUAUACAGCAUGCUGUCAGAGCAUUAUCGGACAAAAGCAGCAGCUGAUAGUGCUGCCGGCUCUGCCAGCAGCAGCCAUGCAGCAGCAGUGGAGGUGGUGAAGCUCGUGCGGUCAGGAGGCGCCGUUUCUCGCCCUUCCAAGUUUAGACAGCGCCUCAGACAAGCAGUCAUCAAGGCAUACUUCUAUGGGCCAGAGCGCCAGUUCUCCCCUCAUUCGAGCACGGCUAGUUGGUCAGAUUACACAGUGCUGAGGGUAGGCGGAGGGCCGCAGGCACCGUCAUCAGCCUUGCCUAUCGGAGCAGCCAGGGUUUCAGACCCGCUGCGCACUGCACCUGUGGUGCUGUCUCGGGAGUUGGAGCAUCAUGUGCUGGCGGUUUCACAUGCCAAAGACGAGAAGGACGCUGUCACUGGGAGCAUCGCUGGGUUCAUCUGCAUCACGCAAGUGGAUCUUGCCAAGGGCAAGUUUAUGUUCAUAGCACCCAGCCCAGGGCCAUUGCCAGGGAAAAUUCUCCUCUUUGGCUCCCUUACCUGGGUGGAGUAGGGUGGGGUAUGCUACAGGGUGAAGUGAAGGAGCUCGUGCAUGCCA